AUGCGCUUAUAUUUAAAAAUAUUUAUAUUAAAUUUAAUUUAUUUUGCUCAAGCAAAAAAUCUUUUAAGCAAUGGCUAUCACCAAGCUGUUGGAAUUAAAAGAGCUCAAGAUCUGAUGAAUUUAGAACGUUCAGCAUCAAGGAUUGUUGGUGGGACACAAACUUCAGCGAUCUCCCUAUAUCCAUACCAGGCAGGGAUGGUAAUAACUCUUAGAAGCAAUGCACAAUCAAUAUGUGGGGGGUCAUUGGUUUCAAAUACUAGAGUGCUCACUGCGGCGCAUUGUUGGUGGGAUGGCCAGAACCAAGCUACUCAAUUCGUCAUAGUCUUGGGUUCUCUUCUGAUAUUCUCUGGAGGCACCAGGAUCACCACCACUGAUGUAAGGGUUCAUCCAAAUUGGAACGCAGAUAUUAAGAAUGAUAUCGCAAUUGCAAUAAUUACCAGAGUGGAGUAUAAUACCAACAUUCAAGCAAUUUCGUUACCAACUACUUCAGAUGUUAAUCAGGACUUUGCUGGUCUAUCAGCCGUUGCUACAGGAUAUGGAAAAAUUACAGAUGGUGCGAGUUCGUCCCCAUCGACAUCAAGCCUAUAUCACAUCAACCUAAACAUUCUGACCAAUGUACAGUGUCAGAAGAGCUUUGAUAUUACCCUCGAUGGGAGUCACCUUUGUACUGAUGGCGCAAAAGGAGUAGGUACUUGUGAUGGUGAUUCUGGAGGUCCACUGACAGUCCUUCAGAACAAUAAAAGGAUAUUGGUUGGUAUAGUAUCCUUCGGUUUAGCUGAAAAAUGUGAAGCGGGCUAUCCAUCUGUUUACACUCGUGUUACGUCCUUCCUGACAUGGAUUCAAGCAAAUUUG